UUCUCAACCAUGAUGAAUUACGUGCUACUGGUAUCCCGUCAAGGGAAAGUAAGGCUAGCAAAGUGGUUCAUGGCCACUCAACCUAAAGUAAAGGCAAAGAUAAUCAAGGAUGUUACUCAGUUAGUUUUAUCGAGAAGAACGAGAAUGUGUAACUUUUUAGAAUACAAAGAUUCAAAGGUUGUAUACCGUAGAUACGCAUCAUUAUUCUUCGUCUGCGGCAUUUCACAAGGCGAGAAUGAACUUAUAGCCUUAGAAGUUAUACACAGAUAUGUAGAAGUACUCGAUAGAUACUUUGGAAACGUUUGUGAAUUAGACCUCAUAUUCAACUUCCAGAAAGCCUAUUCUAUACUAGAUGAGCUGAUCAUUGGCGGAGAAAUGCAGGAAUCAUCAAAAAAGAAUGUCUUGAGAAAUGUCGCUCAAGCAGACAACAUACAAGACAAUGAAGAGUCUGAGGAAAGUAUCACAUCUCUACGAACACGAUAAAUAUAUCAUGAAACGAUAAAUGUAUAUUACGCGUCUGCUUUCUACUUAAA